AUGUCGACUCCCUCGACGUCCAUCCACCUCCGCAAGGGACUCAGUCUCCAAAUCGAAAUCAUCGCGAGCAGUGUUCCGCCAUCCUCCAACUCCAACCUUAGUGGACCUUGCAAUCCCAUCCCAUCCAGUCGAUUCGAGGUUCCGAACACGCACUCCCGUUCCCCCGAAGCCAAGCACAAAAAGGUAAGGAAAGGAGGAAUAUUCAAGUCACAGUGGGCGAAGCAAGAGAAGGCGAAGGGAAAAGGUUCCAGAGAUGAUGAUUGA